AUGCGCUCAUCAACCAUUCUUUCGAGCGUCGGCGCUCUAAUCUCUGUUGCUGUCGCGGCACCGUACACCGGAUCCCAUGGUCUAUCUCAGCGACAGACCUGUGAAUUCGACUCCGCCAACUCGCCUGACUGCUGGGGAGACUUCUCUCUCUCCACGAACUGGUAUGAGGAAGCACCUGACACGGGUGUUGUCCGCGAGUACUGGUUUGAAGUUGCUGAGCACACCGCUGCCCCUGAUGGCGUUGAACGUCUCGUCAUGAGCAUCAAUGGUUCUAUCCCAGGUCCUACCAUAUACGCAGAUUGGGGUGACACAAUUGUGCUUCAUGUCAACAACGCAUUGACCACCAACGGCACAAGCAUUCACUUCCAUGGUAUCCGACAGAACCACACCGCUCAGGAAGAUGGUGUUGCAUCCAUCACUCAAUGUCCUGCAGCUCCUGGUGAUUCCCUUACUUACACCUGGAGAGCAACUCAAUAUGGAACUACCUGGUAUCACUCGCACUUUAGCCUCCAAGCAUGGAAUGGAGUUUUCGGUGGAAUCGUCAUUAAUGGUCCUGCCUCAUCAGCCUACGAUGUGGACAAGGGCAUUAUAUUCCUCAAUGACUGGUACCACUCUACUUCUGAUGAACUUUUCGUGACAGCUGCUACCUCUGGUCCACCUCCUUCCCAGAAUGGGCUGAUCAACGGUACGAACGUCUACAACAGUGGCGGCUCGAGAUUCCAAACAUCUGUCACGGCUGGACAGUCCUACCGCCUCCGCCUUGUUAAUGGUGCAAUGGACACCAUGUUCAGAUUCUCUAUCGACAACCAUACCUUGACGGUCAUCUCCUCCGAUCUGGUUCCUAUUGAGCCGUACGAGACAGACUCCGUCAACGUCGGUAUCGGCCAACGCUACGAUGUCAUUGUCACAGCCAACCAGGAUGCUGGAAACUACUGGCUCCGUGCGGUCCCUCAACAGACUUGCAGUGCUACCAACGAGAACACACUAGACAUCAAGGGUAUCUUCAAUUAUGACAGUGUUGAUGUUGCGGAUCCCACAACCAUCACGAGCAUAAGCGCAGACAACUGUGAUGAUGAGCCGGUUGUACCAUUUGUUGCACUCAACGUGGAUGAUGCUGGACUCGAGGACGUUUUUGACAUUGGUAUUGAUACCACAACCGGGUUGUUUCGUUGGACUAUUAACAGCAAUCCCUUCCUCAGCGACUGGGGCUCACCUACUCUUCAGCAAGUUGCCGAUGGUGUUUCUACAUUUGAUGUUGAACAGCAAGUGGUACACUUGAAUGAAACUGACCAGUGGGUCUACUUCGUCAUUCAGUCCACUUUCGGAAUCCAUCACCCCAUCCAUCUCCAUGGUCACGACUUUUUCGUCCUUGCUCAGGAGCAGGGUGCCACCUGGGCAGACGGGAACGCCCUCAACACUGUCAACCCGCCUAGACGUGACGUUGCCAUGCUUCCAGCUAGCGGAUACUUGGUCAUCGCAUACCAGGCCGACAAUCCUGGUGUUUGGCUGAUGCAUUGCCACAUCGGAUGGCACACUUCGGAAGGUUUUGCUCUCCAGCUGGUUGAGCGCCAGAGCGAGAUCGCCGCGACUGUUGAUGAAGACUCCAUGAACCAGACCUGUGACAACUGGAACGCCUUCCAGGAUAACAACGACAUUGUUCAGGAGGACUCGGGCGUCUAA